AUGAGCACCUCGGAUUACGUGUUGGUGGGAGACCACAAUCUGUAUUCAUCAAGUGAUGCCAAUUCUCAGUGGAUGCAGAUUGCUGAAAUUGUGAGUCAUCCGUCCUAUAAUUCUAAUACACUGGACAACGACAUUGCCCUCAUCAGACUCACCACAGAAAUACAGUUCCCAUCUGACAACAAAAUCGCCCCUGUGUGCCUUCCAACUGCUGGUGAAAUGUAUGAUAAUGUGGAUGCCACAAUCACAGGAUGGGGAGCUCAACAGGAGGGAGGUUCCACAUCAGGCACCUUGUUCGAAGUUACAGUGCCCACCAUGACUAACACCGAAUGCAAUAACAAGUAUGGAGGAAGCAUCACUGACAACAUGAUCUGCGCAGGCAUUCCUGAGGGAGGCAAGGACUCCUGUCAGGGAGACUCUGGAGGACCAAUGGUGGUGGAAGAAAACGGCAAGUGGAAGCUGGUGGGAGUUGUGUCGUGGGGUUAUGGCUGUGCUCGACCUGAUAGGCCUGGAGUCUACGCGAGAGUUACUCAAUAUUUGCAAUGGAUUUCUGACUCUACAACCGGUGUCUGUGUUGAUGGGAACGCACCUGCUCCUACUAAUGCCCCGACGCCUGAUCCUACUUCUGAUUCUGACUGCCCUGGAUGUGGACAAGUGAACCGUGCCAACCGCAUUGUUGGUGGAGUAGAGACGGAGGUGAACGAAUAUCCCUGGAUGGUUUCUCUUGUCAACGGCAAUGGAUACUAUCACUUCUGUGGCGGCUCUAUCAUCUCCAGCCAAUGGGUCGUCACUGCAGCUCACUGUGCAGCUGUCAUGAGCACCUCGGAUUAUGUAUUGGUGGGAGACCACAACUUGUACUCAUCAACCGAUGCCAAUUCUCAGUGGAAGCAAAUUGCUGAAAUUGUGAGUCAUCCGUCCUAUGAUUCUAAUACACUGGACAACGACAUUGCCCUUAUCAGACUCACCACAGAAAUACAGUUCCCAUCUGACAACAAAAUCGCCCCUGUGUGCCUUCCAACAGCUGGUGAAAUGUAUGAUAAUGUGGAUGCCACAAUCACAGGAUGGGGAGCUCAACAAGAGGGAGGAUCCACAUCCGGCACCUUGUUCGAAGUAACGGUACCCACCAUGACUAACAAUGAAUGCAAUAGCAAGUAUGGUGGAAGCAUCACUGCCAAUAUGAUCUGCGCAGGCAUUUCUGAGGGAGGCAAGGACUCCUGCCAGGGAGACUCUGGUGGACCAAUGGUGGUGGAAGAAAACGGCAAGUGGAAGCUGGUGGGAGUUGUGUCGUGGGGAUAUGGCUGUGCUCGACCUGAUAGGCCCGGAGUCUACGCCAGAGUUACACAAUACCUUGAUUGGAUUUCGACCUCGACCGGAGGUGUCUGUCCGGCGGCUGGUUAAUCCGUCCAUUGAAUAGGCUAAUAGAAGCCUAAGCUGGUCCUUAGACGGCUUAGACAAGGAGUUGAGUUGCGGAUAUACUACCUUUAUUACUUUCUUUCACGUUUUCUUUCAUUUGGCACAUUUAAGAAAAAAAAAACCUUUUUUGAAAUAACUAAAAUAUCCGGAAGUGACAAUAAAUUGAGUAUAUUU